AUGUCGCCAUAUCGCGAAGGCCAGCCUUCCACCAGUCACCGGCGCCGUAUCCGCGCCAAAGUAGGCCCGCCGAUCCACCUGCUGACCUACUGUAAGGUCGAUGUAAGUCUGGUCACUAUCACCGUCCUGACUCCUAAGCUUCUUCAGGACCUACGCAGUAGUAGCCCAAUUGCCGUUAACUGUUACACGGAGCGCCUAUUUUCACCGGCAAAUCCCGACCCAACAUUCAUGUCGCCACUGCCUGUAUCCAGGUGA